AUGAGUGCAGACGAUACGCAGAGACGAAUCAAGCAGAUGUGCGAUUUUAUUAAGCAGGAAGCACAGGAAAAGGCAAACGAAAUCAAGAUCAAGACGCAGGAGGAAUUUGAGCUGGAUCGUCAGAUGCUGACUCAGGAGGGAAAAAUGCGUGUUCAGGAAGAAUACGCCAAGAAGGAAAAGGACUUGCAGGUCCAACAAAGAAUUGCGCAGUCUGCUGAAAUUGGAAGACAGACCAAACGACGUAUGGUGGCUAGAGACGAUCUUCUGAAUAAAUUGUAUCAACUUGCCAGAGAGCGUCUUGCUCAAUUGUCUGAGAAGGACGUGGAUAAGUACGUGGAGGUGCUGAAGGAUCUGAUUCUCCAAGGACUUAUCAAAAUUGAAGAGCCCGAUAUUGUGGUUCGUUGCCGCAAGGUGGAUCUGGAUUUGGUGCGUCGCAUUAUCCCUGAGGUGCAGAAUAAGUAUGUUCAGAUGAUGAAGGACGAGUGUGGAGUGGAUGUUGUAGUCAAUGUGACUCUGAACGAAGAUGAAAGCAAGAUGUUGCCUCCUCCUCCGAGCAACUCUCCCAUGCUUUCUUGCGCUGGAGGUAUCGUGAUGGAAGGUCACAGCGGUCGCCUGGUUCUGGACAAUACGUUUGACAAGAGACUUGAGGUCUGUUUCCAUGAUUUGAAGCCUGUGACUCGGAAAUGUUUGUUCCCUUCUUGUUAAUCAUUUGUUCC